AUGCAGCAGCUUGAAGCGGACCAUGCCCUCUUUGAAGAGAAGCGGCAGCAGCGGCUGAAGCUUCGAAAGGAGCUGGAGGAGGCUGAGGCCAAGCUUCUUCACGAAGAGGCUGAGGCUGAGGCAAUGAAGCAGAAGCGCCUGCACGAUGCAAACCAGAACCUCAGGCGCAUGAGGCAAAGGCUUGAUAUCGAGGAAAAGCAAGCGAUGUUGGAUGCUGAGAAGAAGGACAUGCCUCAAAAGCUGCAGGAGCUUGAGGCAAAGUCUGCCGCAGAGCACAAGGCCAAGCUGAUGGCGUGGAAAGACACGCAAGCGGCAGCUGGAGUGCCUCCGCCCGAGGUACGGCCUCCUGCCACGCCAGCCGCAGCGCCUUCUCCUGCCUCCACUCCAGCAGCAGACGUUCACAGCCCGCCAGUCCAGAAGCGAGCUUUCAGCCCACUCCGCGCCACCACCCAACGGGAUCUCCAGGAGAUGUCCCCUUUGACUCGCCAGCUGGCGCAGGCUGAGAUGGAGGAACUGCAGCUGCAGAACCAGCUGAAAGAGCAAGAGGCGCAACAGAAGAAGGCCAAGCUAGCAGCAAUGCAGACAAGAAACGCCCGCUUGCGUGAGAAGCUGCAUGCUUCGGCCCAAAGUGCAACGCCUACGCCGGCAUCCUCCCCAAGCUCCUUGCCGGCGUCCUCUAGCACAGGAUCCCCAGCUGCGCCUCCGACACCGGCCGUGCCCACGGCUACUUCGCCGCCUGUGCCUGUCCAGGCCAGCAGCCCUGCUGCCCCCGCGGCAGCUCCCAAUGGGGCCCCUCCGAGUGUGCCAGCCCCACCCAAAGCUGCGACGACUGCCCCGCCGCCCCCUCCUUUGAACAGAUCCGGAGCUCCUCUGGAUGAGGCUGGCCUUGCUGGCUUGCUGCUUGAGUCUACAAUAGCUAGCCGCUUCAUUUUUUUUGCUGGUGAGCACUAUAUGAGAUAUAUUUCAACGUGCUUUCAGGCGUCGGCUGUCACACCGGCGAAAGCGGCUGCUGCGGCAGUUCAACAGGUGAGACGUCUGUGUGCGAACCCGCACCGCUGCACCUUCGAGGUUCUCCAGGCUUGGCGGGCCCAAGGGAGCUCGCGCAAGAAUCUCAUCAAGGAGUACAUCGAGUCCGGAGAUGUUAACAAGGUGACGGUGGACCUCAUCAUGGCAGAUUUGAUGCAAGAGCUGAAAAAGAAGGAGUUCCUGACGCCGGAGCAGGUCUACCGGCACUACCACCCAAACACGGACAAAGCGGAUGAGGCUAUGGCGUGGGCGAUCGAGGAGGGCCGCCGUGGUACCCAGGACGAUCCGAAUUUCCCGCCAAACAGCAACAAUCUCAUGUUCAACAUCUUUACAGAGAUGUCCGACACGGAGCAGUUCGAAAAGAGACGCGAGAUCAUGUCGAGGGUGGUGCCGCUCUCCCAGGUGCCAGAGUGGAACGACGAAUGCACUCGAGGUGCUGCCGACUCGAGUGAGCCAAAGGCCAAUCCCAAGGCAGCCAAAGCGGGUGCCAAAUCGGGCGCCAAAGCGGGGGCCAAAACCAAGGCGGUGAAGGUCAUGAAGACGGGUGUGUAUGAGCUUUCAAAGGCAAGGGUCUCUGACUUGAAAGAGUCAGCUUGGCCCCGCUACAACCGUGUGGAGACGAAGAAGAGCAUGGAGAAGGAGGUCCUUGCUAAGGUCGGCCAGUACGCCCGGCUCCAGCUGCAGCUGCAAGGGCUCGCUGAAGCGGAGACCAUGCUGGAAGCCCUGGGAAAGGCCAAGGCUCAGCUGGAGCAGAAGUACCAGGCCUUGAAAGCCUUCGACGAUGAUGUGGGUGACGAGACUGAUUGGCAGGAGCGCUUGAAGGUUGAUUGGUACUCACGCUGGCUGGCAUUCCGUGGCAGGAGUUUGCAGUGGGAGUCGCACGCGUGCACAGCAAGGAGGCUGGGUGCCAAGCACAUGGCUUUGAUGAAGCAGGUGAAGCUGGCCCGUGCGAGACCAACUGAACUUGAUCCAGAACGUGUUCCCAAGCGACAGGGGCUACCGUAUCGCCUUCAGAGCUUAGCUGAAGCUGAUCUCGCAAAUGUUGUUGUAUCAGGGCUUCAAAAGAAGCAGUCAGACGUCAACUUUAUCAGCGAGGUCUGUGGUGCAGCUCAGAGGGAGAGCGGCGGCAGAAUGGAGUGGAUCACGGGCAAGCUGGCUAGACGAAGGAGUCAUGCAAAUCCAGUGGUAACAGCUAAUGUAGCCCUUGCUUGCAAUUGGAACUCAGGUGUUGUUCUCCCGAGUCCUGAUGAUUUGCCUUGCCGCUUCCAUGGCGACGAGGGGCCGGGCUUGAAGUUCAAGAAUGUCCUUGUGGUCAACAUGUCGUGCUCUACCAGGGCACUUUCUCUUGACAAGGGCGAUGCAAAAAGGAGAUUCGGCCUCGAUGGCGUCCACGAUCGAAAACUGUGCUUCUUCGGCUUAGCUGGUGAUAUGAAAUGGCUACAGCAAGUGCUGCAUUUGUGGGACUUCUUGGACGAGUUACAACAGGCGAACCCGAGCCUUCCUGCGAUCACUUCUUUCCGAGGCUGGAGCAAUAGCCUGAUACAUUAUGAUACCCUGCAUGUUUGCUACAGAGGGUUCGGACCUGACUACGCCGCGUCAGUUUUGAAAAAUAUCUUCCCUGGACGGGCUGCUUUGAAUGAUGCCUACGAUCUCCUGAACGAUUUUGCAAAAAGCAAGGGGCUGGAAAUCAGUUGUGAAGACCUGACGCCGACGAUUGAGAAUGGCUUCCCGGUCUUGAAUGUGAAAGGAAAUGACAUCAAAAUCAUUUGCCUCUGGCUGGAACCUGGUUCACAACCUAGCAUCGUGUGUUCAUGUCUUUUUACCUUAGGUCCUAGGCCUUGA